AUGGAUCUGCAGGGAGAGGAAGCUCUCAUCCUGCAAACAGCCGAUGGCUGGGUCCUGCCCCUCUCCUGCAAGGCAGACCUGUGUGUGCCCGCUCCUCCCCUGCAGGCUCAGUCCUCCCUGCUUCUGGUGCUGCUCCUCUCCACAAUCCCUCCUCCAGCCGCCCGGGCACGAGGGCAUAGGCCUGAGACCCCAGUGUACAGCGCGGAGCGGCCGUCCUCCUCACGGCCCUGGUGUGCAGGGCCCGGCCUGCUGCCUUCGGGGAGAGGGGCUUGCCUGACAGGGGGAAUUGGGUUCAUCCACCACAACUGCACCCCGGAGUUCCAGGCCAAUGAAGUGCGGAAGGUGAAGAAAUACGAGCAAGGAUUCAUCACAGACCCUGUGGUGCUGAGCCCCAAUGACCGAGUGCGAGAUGUGUUUGAAGCAAAAGCUCGUCAUGGAUUCUGUGGGAUUCCCAUCACGGACAAUGGGAAGAUGGGGGGCAAGCUGGUCGGGAUCAUUUCAUCUCGAGAUAUUGAUUUCCUGAAAGAGUCGGAGCAUGACUUGCCUCUGGGCGAGAUUAUGACAAAGCGGGAGGAUCUUGUUGUGGCCCCAGCUGGUGUAAUGUUGAAAGAAGCGAAUGAAAUUCUGCAAAGGAGUAAAAAAGGCAAGCUGCCAAUUGUUAAUGAAGAUGACGAGCUGGUGGCUAUAAUUGCCCGCACUGAUCUCAAGAAGAACAGGGACUACCCUCUGGCUUCUAAGGAUUCUAAGAAGCAGCUGCUCUGUGGUGCUGCUAUUGGGACCCACGAAGAUGACAAGUACCGGCUGGACCUCCUGGUGCAGGCUGGCGUGGAUGCGGUAGUGCUGGAUUCCUCUCAGGGGAACUCCAUCUUCCAGAUCAAUAUGAUAAAAUAUAUUAAGGAGAAAUAUCCUAACCUACAAGUUAUUGGAGGAAACGUUGUGACUGCUGCUCAGGCCAAGAACCUCAUUGACGCAGGAGUCGAUGCCCUGAGGGUCGGGAUGGGCAGUGGCUCCAUCUGCAUCACACAGGAAGUGCUGGCGUGCGGCCGCCCCCAGGCCACGGCGGUGUACAAGGUAUCCGAAUACGCCAGGAGAUUUGGUGUUCCCGUGAUCGCAGAUGGAGGGAUCCAGACGGUUGGGCACAUCGCAAAGGCCCUCGCGCUCGGGGCCUCCACAGUGAUGAUGGGCUCUCUCCUGGCUGCCACCACGGAGGCCCCAGGUGAAUACUUCUUCUCGGAUGGAAUUAGGCUGAAGAAAUACCGCGGCAUGGGUUCACUAGAUGCCAUGGACAAGAACUUAGGCAGCCAGAACCGGUAUUUCAGUGAGACAGACAAAAUCAAAGUGGCCCAGGGGGUCUCUGGCGCGGUGCAGGACAGAGCCAUGAUGUAUUCGGGAGAGCUGAAGUUUGAGAAGAGGACGACAUCUGCCCAGGUGGAAGGAGGAGUGCAUGGGCUCCACUCGUAUGAGAAGCGCCUCUUCUGAAGGAGGUCUGUCAGUGUCUGUCAUCUUGCCAUUCAGCCCUGCGCCACCCUGUGCGGGAGCUGCUCUUGCUGCAGAAGUGCCAUUACUCUGUGGGCUGCCUGGAGCUCCCUGUGUCCCUUGGCUGCUUCAUCACUACCCAAGAGGGUCCACCUGCCACCCAGAAGUGAUCCUGGGCUGGCACCUGGAGCCUUCAACGCGUUGGCCGUGUUUUACAAUAAAAGAGGAAAAGAUGUG